GUCAACAUAACCCUAAAACCUAUCAAAAACAAUCACUGAAAUUUUUACGCAAUUUUUUGGGAUGAAAAAUUUGGCUAAAAAAUUGUGAUUUGAUGUCCUACCAAAGUGAAACACUUCGUCGAUUGCUGGACCACUGGCCUGGUAAGAAACUAUUCGGAAUCUAUAGAUUUUUGCCAGCAUUUUUCCUUUUGGGAGCUGCAUUGGAGUUCUCAAUGAUUAAUUGGACUGUCGGGGAGACAAAUUUCUAUAACACCUACAAAAAGCGACAGGCUAAAAUUAUCGCAGAGGAAAAAUUGCGCCUGACUGAGAGUGGAAACUGAAGAGAAUUGGGACAGGGAAAAUGCCAGCCGGUACUUCUUGGGGGCAGUACAUAAGAUUCUUUAUUGCUGC